AUGAGGAUCACAUUAUUCCCCUCUCCUUUCCUCCUCCUUGCCUUCACAGGCAUCACGUCCACAUUGGCCGAUCCAUUACCGGACUCCAAACUGCUUCCUAAUUCGAAACCGCUGGCUAUCAAUGAUGUCGGCAUCCGCGAUUCCUCACUUUCGCUCCAUCCUCCGGAUAAAAGAUCGCCGAAAGCUAGACCACUUGCUGAUGUACCAUUUGAUGGGAAGGACGGGAAACCACAUGCAGGACCUUGGGUUGAGACGAGUGCAGGCCGGGAUCGUAAAAAGGCGAAAGAAUCCUUGGAUGAGGAGGUGUUGAAACCCGAUUCGACUGAUCCCACAUCAGAACAUUUUGGACCAGAUGGAAAACCAAUCCCCACUUCAAACGAUGGGGUGAUGGAUGAUCCGCACCGGGAAACGCCAAAGGAGGGAACAACGGGAACAGGGGGCGGAGUCUCGGAGAAAAACAAGGCAUCUAGCCCUGGGGCUGCAAAGAUGCCAGAUCCGCCCAAGGACGUCCCCCCAUUACCGCACAGCGAGCAGCAGAAGAUUGGACAUGACGAGCCUGAAAUGGAGGCAGAAGGCGAUGUUUCGGACAAUACAAUGCUAGGGAAACCACAAGAUCUCCCGGAGUCACCACAUAGUGUCCCCCCGCCCGCUCAUCCUGGCAGUCCUAAUGAUGAUCCUCUUGACUUUGGCUAUCGGGGUUCUCCAUUAGACCAAACUCAUGGCAAAGGUUCGGAAAGGUCUAAGGAUGCUAUGCAGCCAGUUCAUUCGUUCUUCCUUUCCCUCACCAUGAUCCUUGUUUCAGAAGUGGGAGAUAAAACAUUCCUUGUAGCGGCUCUUAUGGCUAUGCGCCAUCCACGCAUGAUUGUCUUUUCGGCAGCUUUCACCGCUCUCAUCGCAAUGACAGUACUAUCCGCUAUACUUGGCCAUGCUGUCCCUACCCUCAUUUCGAAAUCAUUCACCAACAUUUUGGCUGCGACUCUUUUUCUCGUUUUUGGUUUGAAGAUGGCCGUCGAAGCGAAGAAGAUGGCACCUGAUGAAGGUGUGGGUGAGGAGAUGAAAGAGGUCGAGAUGGAGCUGGAAGAGAAGGAACAUCAGCAACGACGACUGGCCCGACGGCGAUCUAUUAGCCCCUAUGCACUCGAAGCUGGUCGUGGCCCGCGUAAAAGCCGUUCCUCGAACCACCGCCUCCCAUCACCUGAAAGCAAUUCCUCAUUGUCAUCUCGAGGCAGUUCUCCGUCCCGUGGUACCUCUCUAUCAAACAUGGUGGUUGGUGUAAACAAUUUGUGCUCGCUUCUACUGAGCCCCGCAUGGGUCCAGACGUUUGUCAUGACCUUUCUCGGAGAAUGGGGUGAUCGAAGCCAGUUUGCUACUAUUGCCAUGGCUGCCGGCCAGGAUUACUGGUGGGUUAUGUGUGGUGCAGUUACGGGUCAUGGAAUCUGUACAACAGCAGCAGUAAUUGGGGGGCGGGCAAUCGCUGGAAAAGUUAGCAUGCGGGUUGUUACUUUUGGUGGCGCUGUAGCGUUUUUGAUUUUCGGCAUUAUAUAUUUCUUCGAAGCUCUCCGCUAA